GGAAGUUUAAACAUACAUGGUAAUUGCUACAUGCUAGAAUGCGCAUAUAUGUGUAAUUCAUUAAUUCUUCACUUGGCAAUUUACAUUGUGCAUGGUAAUUUUUUUUUUUUUUUGUGCUCAUUCAUGGAAACUUGUUUUAAGAAGCUUCUUAUUAAUAGUUCUUGAGCUUAAAUUACUUCCAGAAGCAAAUUAGCAUAAGUAGAUCAUGUUUAUGCUGUACAUGUUUAUACCAAUGUUUGUUCAUGAAGAUACCACUAUAUCAUGUAAUUAAGAAACUCCUAUAAUAUCUAAAGUGAUGAAUUAACAUGCUCGUAGCAAUCGACUGACGUAUAUAUAUAGUAAAUAUAUGAAAAGAUGACUUUGAUAGUCGCAGAGAAUCAAAACAAUUCAGAAUCUCAGGAAGCUUCUAGCAUCUAGAGCAACUAUGUAUUCUUUUAUGUUGAUUUCCGUUGCUAGUAUGCCCUUAGGUCCCUUCCAGGUUCUUAGAUAAUUCCUAUUACUAUUGCCAUGGAGAUAAAACAUAGAAUUAACAUACUCAGAUUAUUAAACAUUGAAUUAGCAUUUGAGGUCAGAUGAAGUACUGAGAAUUAGAAAAUGAUCAUUUCGAGAACAACAUCUGAAAAAAACAGUGAACAUUGCAGGGACAAAGGACAUGACAUCACAUGAUAUUAACAGAAGGAAGAUGACUAUGGACACAGGAACAGUACAACCAUCUGCUAGUUUAGAUAGUUCUAUGAUUUUAAUUGCAAUAGUGAUGUUUCAAAAUAGCUUUUACCCAGCAUCACAAGCAUACAUACUGUAGAAUAAUUAAAUCCAUGAUGAGGUUUGAAAGUUCUUAGGACUACACUAACAACAUGAACUUACUCUCCCAAAUAAAUAAUAAACAUCUAGGAUGAACAUUAAUGACAGUUGACCUUUAAGUCAAUUAUUUACUAUAAUAUAUAAAACAACCCAAACUAGAGUAUCUCUUAUCUGGUCAGAAAAAUGAUAUAGGAAGCAGUGCCUCGGGAGAUCCUCAUGGAUAUUCAGAUAUGAAAUGAGGAAAGCACACAGAGGAAGACUAUACGGUGUAGUAAGUUGAAUGUUAUAUUAAGAAUAAAAGGAAUAAAUUUACUUACAAUAUGUAGAGCUGACCGUAAGCUCUACAUAUAUGCGCCUGGGCAGUACAAUUCUCCGCCUCGGGAUGUUGGAUGCGUCUCUUGAUCCAAUGGUGUUGGUCCACUGAUUAUAAACAGAAUGGAUACCAAUAUAGUGUAGUAUGUCGGGAGGCACAGGUGUGAAUAGUAUAGUGUGUAAAUAUUUUAAAAAAUUUAUCCAAAGCAAAUUUUAUGACUAUAUGAACAAUGGGAAAAAGCCUAGAAUAAAGAGGAAGAUACUGGAAAAAUGCAUAGAUAAAGGUGGAUUAGCUGCUCCCAGUAUAAAGAAAUAUAAUGAUGCUGCUAUUCUCAAACACAUUUUUAAGUGUUUAGAAUAAACCCCAAGGACAUAUGGGGCGAUAUUGAAAAAUCUAUGUUGGGAAUAGUGGAUCUAUCCCUAAUUCUAUGGAUCGACCCCAAGAAGAUGAACUUAGUUAAAAUCGUAGAGAAUGUAUGGGGGAAACAUUAUCUUACUUAUGAAAUCUUAAGGUUUUGGAACAGAUUUAUGUUGGAGUAUAAUUUACAAUGGGAGAACACUCUUAGAGCUAACUGCAGUAUAAGCUUGCUAGAAUAUAAUAUGGAAGAAAUUAAUAUGUCUAAGUGGAUGAACAAAGGUAUCAAUAUUCUAGCAGACAUACUGAACGGAUCACAUAUUAAACCUUUCCAUGAAUUAGCCCUAAAAUUCCACUUACCCCCAAAAUAAGUGUUUUCUUAUUUAAGAAUCAAAAGCUACCUGAAACGUUUUACUUGUAAAAUGGAUGAUGGAAUUAUAGGCUUGAAGUCUCUGUUAAAAUAUGAGGAUAGUAUCCGUAUUUUGAUGAAAAGCUCAAUUUUUGGUGACAGAAACUCUUAUAUAGACCCUGCUAUCAUUUUUUAAAAUAGAUGGGAAAUUGAGAUUGGAAUAGAAAUAACACUAUCAGAUCGGCAUAAGAUUAUACCGAAACUUAAGAAAUCGAUCCAUUGUUUUAACCUUAUAGAGUUACAAAAUAAGAUACUAACCAGAUGGCAUCUGGUCCCAAUGAAAAUUAAUAAGAUGUAUUCCUCUUAUUCUUCCUUAUGUUGGCGAUGCAAUCUAUCAGAGGGAACGUAUUUACAUAUCUGGUGGAAAUUAGGUCAGAAAUUAAAAUCAUUCUGGGAACUAGUAUAUAAUAUACUAGAGAAUCUUAUAGAUACUCAUAUGAUGUUUCUGCCUGUAACUGCUUUACUUCAUCUUUGCUGGCCUAAAUUCUCAGUAAAAGAUGAAUAUAUAGCCACACAUAUCUUGAUAGCAGCGAAAAAAUGUAUUGUAAAACUUUGGAAGCAACCUGACCCCCCAAUGUGGGUAAUGUUAAAAUCCCAAAUUUCCUUCCAACUAAAGAUAGAGAGAGAGCCCCUGUCUAUUACUAAAUAUGGAUGGAAUAUAUGGAAUAGCUUUAUCCAAGAGACAUGAAUCUACGUACGGCCCUAGCUUUAGAGUUACCCCCCUGAAUGUUCCAUUAAUAGAAUAUGGUUUCUGCUCUGGGCAUUCCUCACCUCCUCCUCCCUUUAAUGGUGCAAUUGGGACUUUUUGUAUUGAAUGCAGUGUUGUACGAUAGAAAGAUAAGCAAUAUCAGCCCUGUAUGAUAUAUAUGUAAUAUACUUAGAUCUUACCGGCCGCAUUUUAUAUUUUGCCAAUCUAUAUGUAAUGUUUGUUAUUGUCUUUAAACCUUUUGGGAUUGUAGAGAAUAUCUAUUUAUGACAUUGUAUUGUUAAUGUUUGUGAUGAUUGUUGUACGUUUUAUUUUAUAAAAAUACCUCAAUAAAUAUUUUUCAUUAAAAAAGUAUAGUGUGUAAAUAUACACUCACAUUUAAUGUUGCUUGAAGUUCACUCUUAACAAAUUGCGUAAAGUGAUACAAUCUUCACUUUUGGAUAUGUGCUGUAGUAGUAGUCCUCACUGUGGCAGUAUGCGGUUAAAAGAGAGAUAUACCAUAGUGCACAGUGUAAAAUUCAAGGUGAAUAAAAUAUAUUUUUAUUUUAUUUACUCACAAGUCUGGAGCAAAAAGGAGUUUUUGCUCAGGCCUCACAGUGGUAUGUUCCCUGCCAAGGAAAUUAUGUUCAGAUAACAGUUACAAAACAGGAUGGUCCAGGAUAAAUUACUAGUUUAUUAGAAGUGUAUAAAAAACACAAAGAUAUACAAUAACAUGCAACACUUACAUGUUUUACCACAUCAGAUAGGCUUUAUCAAAGGACUGAUAAAAAAAACCUCCUUUCAGUUCCAGACUUGUGAGUAAAUUUCCAUAUAUUUUAUUCACUUUGAAUUUUACAAUGUGCACUAUGUAUUUUCUCUAUGUUAUCUACAUAUUGCCAUUGUUAGGACUACUACUACUAGAGCACAUAUCCAAGAAUGUUAAUUGUACCACUUUACUUUGCUGGGAGCCAUUGUCAGGCUCCAUUAAAUGUAAGUAUAUAUUUAAACAUUAUCCACACCUGUGCCUUCUGACAUACUACACUAUAUUGGUAGCCAUUUUGUUUAUAUUCUAUAAUCACCAGAUCAACCCCUAUUGGAUCAAGAAAUGCACCACAGAGGUGCAUAUAAAGUAAAGCUCACUGGCAGCUCUAUAUAUUGUACGUGAGUAAUAAAAUAUCAUCCAAAACAAAUGCAGUAAUAUUUUAUGUUAAACGAUAUCUGUAAAUUAUAGCUUUAACUAUGUUCCUUUUUAUACCGAUGAACUGUAAGUGACUAAGGCCAUAAAAUUCAAUGAUAUACAUUCAGCAGAAGAAUUACAAACUUUAACCACAGACCUGCAUAAGUCUUACUAUUCACACUUCUGUAAAGGGUAUGAGUUAUAAACUGUAAAACUUCCCACAUUGGGCCCACAAGCUUCUUUUUAUGAGUAUGUGAAAGGUAGACCUCCUGAUAUCCUUUUAGCAUCAGGAGUGGAUGUCAAUAACUAAGCUCUUUGACAGGCACCGCUUAUUGGUACUCAUUUGAAUCUCAACAAAAAGACUGCAUUUAGGUUGUAUCUAAAUAUUCAGAUUUUCUAAAAUGAUGCUACUCCAUCCUGAUGAAGGUGCAAAAAAGACAUUGGCACACUCUUAUAUAUUUGAUAGUAUUGUCCCAACUUGCAUAACGAGUGGAGGCAAAUUCAUGCUUUAUCACAGACUAUACCCUAUAUAUACCCAAAUCCAAUUUGACACCAAACAACAAUACAAAAACUUUCACUCUCUGCCAAUGAGCUCUUUUAUGUUACUGGCUGCAGCUAAUGUACAAAUAGCUCAAACCUGGAAGCUGAAAGAUGUUCAAAUUAUUACAUAUUAAUGAGAAACUAUAGUGCUAAGAACAGAAAGUUGUACUCCCAGCACUACAGUGCCCUAUAGUCCCUUCCUCCCUCAGGCCCCUCUCCCUGCAGCGCUGAAAGGGUGCUUACCUAAAUCCAGCGCUGAUGUCCUUGGUGCUGGGUCAGGCUCUGCCUCUGCUCUUUCUCCACGGACAUCAGCCAACUGGGGGGACCUAAUGCUCAUUCCCAACAUUGAAUUAAUACUUCCUAUAAGGUUUUAGCUGAAGCUGGAUGUCCUCAUGCAAAGCGUGGGGAUGUAUAGCAUCAUUUAGUUGACCAAAAGUCUGCCAAGGACCUGGAGGCAUCUCUAGUGGCUGUAUGGUAGACUAACCCUACAAGGUAAUUAUUGCAGUUUCUUAAUAAAAAGUGAAUGAAUAACACUGAUUAACUAUAUUUUUAAGGGCUGAAUAAUUGUUAAUUGUCUUUCAAAUGUAAUUAAUACAAAAUUGCCAAGAUUUUGAUGAACAUAUAAGCAUAGUUCUUUAUUUUGUUUACCAAUUAUGUGUAGUAUUGUUGUUAAGCUUUACACACUAUUUAAGAAACUAUUCACUACAUAGUUAUAGACAUUGUAUUGUAUUUUACUAGCUAGACCAGGGGUCAGCAACCAGGGGUCAGCAACCUACGGCACUUGUGCCACUCUCAUUCCCCAAGUCAUUCCCCAAUAACACCUCGGCUGGUAGCUCCUUCAUUAUGCCCACCUCCAGAUGUUUGUCUCCCGAGUCCCAGUUGAGGUGCAGUGGGGAGUUUACGGAUGGCUCCUCCUGCCACCCUUUUGGCUACUGUCUUGUUGGUGCGGGCUUGAGCACGGACUUUGUGCGGCUGUAUCAAGGUGAGGGUGGCGCCUAUGUCUCUCAGGCCCCAAUCGUCCAUUUCGUCGACGGUGACCCCCUGGCGUUGAUGCUUUCUGUUGUCACCUGCAACCUGGACUGGAUUUGCCUCAUGUAGAGUUGUCCACUGCUCCUCGUGCUCCUUGUGGUCUGUAUCUCUGGGGGCCUCCUGGUGGAAACAAUGGGCAGCUGCCCUGGUGGGCUGGGGUACUGAUCUUCCCCAACCUCCUCUGUUCCGAUUAGGGAAGUUGUUCUUAAAAUGCCCUGGCUGAUGGCAAUUGUGGCAUAUAAAGGCGGGCCGCCGUGUGGGUGCUGGAGCAGGUGCUGGGUUUAAAGGAGCAGGUCUGGGUGGUGGUGGUGCAGAUUGUACCUAGUAUGAGGUCUGGAAAGCGGGUCGCCCUCCGCUGGGUUCUAGUUGCCUGCCAUCCUGGUACUCAUCUGCAAAUUUAGAUGCUUCCUGUACUGUCUUUAGUUUACAGUCCCUCACCCAGUCUCUGAUCUCAGUUGGAGUGUGAUCAAAGAUCUGCUCCAUUAUUAAUAGCUGUAAAGCAUCCUCCAGCAAAGUUGCCCGGCAGCCCUGCAUCCAAUUUCAGGCAGCGCAGUGCAGGCGGAAUGCACAUUCGGCAUAGGAGCCUCUUCCUACUUUUCUGAGGCCCCGAAAUUUCCUCUGGUACGCCUCUGGUGUGACCGCAUAUCUGGCCAACAAUAUCCCCUUCACCUUUUCAUAAUUUUGUAUCUCCUUGCCAGGUACAGCUCUAUAAGCCUCGGCUGCCCGUAGCCCAAUUAAUCUUUUCUAGCCCUUCCAAAGCACACGGAUGCUCAAAGUCCUGCAAAUAGCUGUUGGUAUCCAUUUCACCGUCAGUAAAUGCUUUGAAGGCAACAUAGUUCACCUUCCGUGAUCCUGCUCUUGACUUUAACCAGAAGGUCGUCCAAAACAAGAAUAGCCGUAUCAGAAAAAAAACAGCCGGUAGGACAGUAGGAUGCUGGCCAUUAUUAACAAAAAAUGGACUAGCCCAGAGGAGUUAUGGUCAGCAUUGUUCCUAGCAAACUCGGCCCAUGGUAGUAAUUCAAACCAAUUGUCUUAAGUGCUAUUAAUGAAACAACACAAAUAUAAUUCCAAGGACUGGUUAGCCCUCUCAGCUGGACCAUUGGUCUGGGGGUGGUAAGAGGAUGAAAAAGACAAUUCAAUCCCUAAUUGUUUAUUGAAGGCUCUCCAAAACCGGGACACAAACUGAGAACCUCUAUCAGAUACUAUAUUGUGAGGAAUUAGUACCAGGUCUUGAGAUGAUGGCAAUUUCUUGAGUUGAAUAAAAUGAGCCAUUUUAGAAAAAUGGUCCACAACCAUGAGAAUAGUGGUAUAACCAUUAGAACUAGGAAGUUCAACAAUGGAGUCCAUGGACAUGGGACCUCAGGAAUAGGAAGAGGUUGCAACAAGCCACAAGGGAGUUUAUGAGGUACUUUGGAAACUGCACAAACAGAACAAGCCUACACAUACUCCUUAACAUCCUUCCUGAGGGAAUCCCACCAGAAAGACCUCAUUAUAGCUGAAGUGGAUUUAUUAAUACCUGGAUGACCAGCAGACAAGUCGUGAAACACCUUCAUGAUAUUAACCCUUUCCCCCAAAGGAACAAACAAUUUGUCCUGAGGUUUACCACAGGGCACCUGAGACUGAACCUCCAUGAUGGAGCCAAGCAGUGGAGAGGACAAUGAAAGGACAGUGGACACAAUAAUAUACUGUGGGGGAAUGAUAUGGGAUGUUUCUUGCUCUAGUAUAGCCUCAGUAUCAAACUGCCUGGACAAGGUGUCGGCGUUGACAUUUUUAGAACCAGGUCUAUAAGUGAUAGGAAAAUUAAAGCGAGAAAGAAAUAGAGACCACCUAGCUUGUCUAGAAGAUAAUCGCUUUGCAUCUCCUAUGUAAGCCAGGUUUUUGUGAUCAGUUAUGAUCAAAAGGGGGUCCAUGGAACCCUUCAACCCCUUAAGGACACAUGACAUGUGUGACAUGUCAUGAUUCCCUUUUAUUCCAGAAGUUUGGUCCUUAAGGGGUUAAAAGAGGUCCCCACUCCUUGAAAGCUAGAAUAAUGGCCAACAAUUCUCUAUUGCCAAUAUCGUAAUUGCGCUCAGCAGGAGACAACUUUCUAGAAAAGUAACCACAAGGAUGUAACAGAGUUUCCUGGCUCUCCCUUUGGGGGAGAACUGCCUCUACCCCCGUCUCUGAAGCAUUAACCUCCAGUGUGAAAGGCUUACUGGUGUCAGGAUGUAUCUAUAUGUCGGUGGAGGCAAACCACUGUUUGAGAGUUUCAAAGGCUUCAAUAGCCUCCUUAGACCAUAUCGUACUACUAGCCCCCUUGCGUGUCAUAUUGGUGAUGGGGGCUAUUACUGAAGAAAAUCCCUUUAUAAACCUUCUGUAAUAAUUGGCGAAACCAAUGAACCUUUGAAUGGCUUUCAACCCAGUGGGUAAAGGCCACUGUAGAACAGACUCUAGUUUUUUAGGAUCCAUCUGAAACCCAGAGGCAGAAAUAUUAUAUCCUAAAAACUGUACUUCACACUGGUCAAAGAUAAUUUUUUUCAAUUUACAAUAAAGUUGAUAUUUUAAUAAGGUUGUUUAACGUAAUCGUGAUGAGACUGGAGGUCAGGAGAAUAAAUAAGGAUAUCAUCCAGAUAGACCAAGACAAACGAGUAAAUGUAAUCUCUGAGUACAUCAUUAAUGAAAUCUUGGAGAACUGCUGGAGCGUUGCACAACCCGAAUGGCAUCACUAGAUAUUCCUAAUGUCCACUUCUGGUAUUAAAUGCUGUCUUCCACUCGUGGUGAUUCUCACUAAAUUGUAAGCACUUCUAAGGUCAAGCUUAGUAAACACUUUAGCACCUGGAGUCUGUCAAAUAAUUCAGCAAUAAGAGGAAUGGGGUAGGAUUCUAAAUGGUGAUUUUGUUCAAUGCCCUGUAAUCGAUAUAUGGGCGCAAUUCACCAUCCUGUUUAGAUACAAAAAAGAAUCCUGCACCAGCAGGCGAGGAUGAUUGUCGGAUGUGGCCUUUAUUCACCUCUCCUGAGGUGACAGAGCAUAGACUGCUCCCUUAGGUGGCAUAGCGCCGGGUAGUAGGUUAAUGGAACAGUCAUAUGGUCUGUGAAGAGGUAGAGUAUUAGACUGAGUUUUUCUGAAUACUUCUUUAAUGUCUCGGUAUUGUAUAGGAAUUUCAGGGUUUUGAGAUGUACUAGUGGGUAAUUCAAUAGUGCCCACUAUUUGGUGACAUGCAAUAUACACCUUUCAUUACAAUACUUACCCCAUUCUAAUAUUUCCCCACUGGCCCAGUCAAUAUGAGGGUUAUGCUUGCCUGAUAUGAUAGGACAAGAAGGAGAUGCAAUAACCUGAAAUGUAAUCUCCUUAAGGCACUUAGGUGCAGUAGUUUCUUCAGACAAAUAGGACAAUUGUUUCUCAUAUGUCCAUUUCUAUCACAGUAUAAACAUAGACCUUCGUUUCUCCUAUAUUGUUUCUCGGCCCCUGACAGUCUAGUGACCCUAAACUGCAUGGGUUCAGGUUCGGACUGUAUAGGAAGGUCAGGAACAACAGGUUUGAAGAGUUAAAGGCAUAGUCAUACGUCAUACGUCUGGUCUUAUUUCUAGUAGUCUCUCUGGUUCUUAGUCUAUUAUCAAUUUGCAUAACAAAUGUGAUGAACUCGUUAAGUUUCUUGGAUAAAUCUUUGGCAGCAAUCUCAUCUAGCAUAGUGUCAGAUAGUCCCUUUUUAAAUGCAGAGAUUAGCCCACUGUUAGUCCAGUCUACCUCCAAAGUCAGGGUACGAAAUUUUAUGGCAUACUCCGAGAUAGACCGGUUCCCUUGUCUGAUGUGCAUCAGGGCAGUGGAGGCGUCUUCCUCCCUGCUUAAUGGUUCAAAUAUAAGUUUAAAUUCCAUAAGGAAUUCCUGGUAAUUGUGUGCCACACUCUUAUUACUCUCCCAUAACGGAUUGGCACAAGCUAAAGCUUUACCUUUUAGUUGGUUCAUCAGGUAACCAAUUUUAGCUCUAUCUGUGGGAAAAGAUUCCAGUGAGGCCUCAAAAUGAUACUCUAUUUGGUUAAUGAAUCCCCGGCAUUCUUGAAUAUUACCAUCAAAAUGCAGGGGAGGAGAUAGAGAGACAGUGGGCGUCUUGUGUACUAUAAGUGGAGGUGAGAUGGUAGAGGAGACCACAGGCUGCAGAUGCGCUGUUCGGGAAAAAAGCGUAUUGAAGGCCUAGGCAAAUUGAUCCAUGCGGUGAUCAUUCUCCUCCAGUUUCCUUUCGUAAGCAGCUAUGUGCUUACACAAUUCUACAGGAUCUAUGGCCAUGUCGUAAUGUCAGGAUUACAGUAUGAUCCAGCACGUAGAAUUGUGUAACACAGAGGACUGAUAGGUAACGACCUUAGAAUGGCCAGACUAAUGUACCAAAGAAUAGUCAGGAAUAGCUUAGGUCAGAGGGCACAGAAAGGAACACAACAAUAAAGGGAAGCUAGAGUUCAGGGAUUCCAGAAAACAGGGAAGUCAAAAUCAAUGCUAAAGUAAAAAUACCAGAAUAACCAGAAUCAAUAACGCGCUCUCAGACAACCACAAGGGAAACCACAACAGGGCACUGAGCAAGAGGAGAACUGGGCUUAAAUACCCCGCCUGUGGAUCUGAUUGGCUGUGACCAGCCUUUGACCCCAAAGGCAGUUACCAGGUUCCCAUUUGCAUGAUUGCUGCUCAGCUCAAACCCUCCUGUGGAUUGAUUGCUGCUCGGCACAACUUUUCCUGUCAGGACAGUAAUGUUGCUCGGCACAACUUUUCCUGUCAGAACAGUAAAUGCCAUUAACCACAUUUUUAUGUGCAGAUGAAUACGUGACAGGGGACCAACAUAUUCAAAAAUCAUCCAAAUCGGUACAGGGGUUCAGGAGUUCCUUGCAAGUCUUAAUUUGGCCAACUGCACACGAGGCUCCUGCCCAGAAAGAGUUCCAUGAAAUUAGGCUGCGCGGUCGGUCUCUUUCGGGAAGUCUAAAAACAAAUCCACGAAUGGUUCCCCUAGCUCAUAGGUUGCGUUUCUUCCCCUAGUUCGUGGGAACCGAAUAGCGCUCUCCAGGCUGGUCGGUGAAAAGAAGCAGGCGUUUGAGAAAGUGAAGUUGAGUGUCCGAUUGUAGUUCCAGACACUCGACAACCAAGUCCAACUGCCUCUUUUCGUGUGACAAGAUGGCUGCCAUCUUCUCCCGCACGUGGAGUUCGGCUAUACGAACGGCGCACACACAGAGAGCACUUAAUUUGCGGUCUUCUUUGUAGUUAAUGAGCCAGGGGAGUGGUCGGUAUUCGGCAGUUUUAUCUACUGAACGAAGAGAAAUCAAAAUUACUGAACACAAAAAGUAGUUUCUUCACAAUAAGGUUGGCAAAAUAAAGCAGGAUAGUUGCGUUGUUCAGACUGGUAUUGAGCAGGUUUGGAAAUAAAGCAGGAAUUGAAGAGUGGUUCAAGCUGGUAUGGAACUGGUUGGUAUUAAAAGGUUGAUAAUAUUGAUCAGGUUGUUUUUCAAAUGGAAAAGUUGCAAGAAGGUAAGUCCAUAAGAAAGAUUACAGGAGCCAGGAACAGAAGUCUUUCUGGAUGACCAUCAACUUCCUUGUAAAGGCCCUGUUGUUAGGAGGGUGUACCCUUUUGUAGGAAUUGUAAUUAAUCCAGGCAAGUGAGAAUGAUGAAGGAGAGUUCAGGGUUAGUGUUUAGGGAGGCCACAAGUGGUGGAGAGUAUGUACUGUAGUAAAAUAAAGAAGAAAUUAAACAUAAACUUAGUUGUUAGGACACAUAGUAUACAAAGUAACGAUAAUUGAAUGUAUUUGGUGGUGUGCUUGUCAAUAAGAAUUUGUAGUAACUAGUCAAUAGCUGUCAGCAAUAAUGAUUGAUACUGCCUGCCAGUGUUAGAGCAACAAAUUCAUCUAGCUCAAUUAAUUACAUCAUCAUCAUCAUUGUGUGUUUAACCCCUUAAGGACACAUGACAUGUGUGACAUGUCAUGAUUCCCUUUUAUUCCAGAAGUUUGGUCCUUAAGGGGUUAAAGGCACUGGCUACACUAGUAAUUCAAUUAUAUCUAAAUACAAUUAGUGUUUGUGUUAUGUUGGUCAUUUAAAAAAAAAAAAAUCUAAAUACAUAUUUCUGAGCAUAUGCCUUGGGCAUGUAGUAUUUCACUCUUGAAAAUCCAAACUGUGUCUCCAAUUCUAUAAUUUAUAUAAAUUAAAAUCCUUGUAUGGUGACAACACAUUAUUUUUUUUGCUUUACAUUAAUUUUGGUCUCAACAAAUAUCUGACCCAACUUGAAAAAGGAACAUAAAUCAAAUUUAUUUCAAACUUGAGGUGAAAUCAAUGCAAUUUCUAAUAAAAUAAAAUUUUCUAAAAAAACAAACUGUCAGUAAUAACCCCAUACUUAAUGUUUGUCACUAACUUCCUUAAAUAACAUCCAUUUGAACUUAUUGAUUCAUUGUGCAAACUUACACAUUUCUCUGCAUGAAGGGUACAUAUAUUGCCGGAGUUAUUCUUCACUUCUGUAAUCUUAAUUAUUUGCAUACCUCUAAAAAAACAAAAGUCCCUAAUUUCAGAUGAAGUAAUCAUCCAAACCAUUACAAACUAAAUACAAAUAAAAUAGAAUGACAGAAUGAUUGUGGAAAUGUUUAAGCAUAUAUCCACAGUGCUUCCUGUCAAAAACCAUGAUAGAUAGAACCUACUGAACAAAAUUAUAAACGCAACAGUUUUGUUUUUGCCCCCAUUUUUCAUGAGCUGAACUCAAAGAUCUAAGACUUUUUCUGUGUACACAAAGAGCCUUUUUCUCUCAAAUAUUGUUCACAAAUCUGUCUAAAUCUGUGUUAGUGAGCACUUCUCCUUUGCUGAGAUAAUCCAUCCACCUCACAGGUGUGGCAUAUCAAGAUGCUGAUUAGACAGCAUGAUUAUUACACAGGUGUGUCUUAGGCUGGACACAAUAAAAUGUGGAGUUUUACUGUAUUGGGGGAGUCCUGGGUGGGGGGGAGGAGGGUCAGAAAACCAGUCAGUAUCUGGAGUGACCACCAUUUGCCUCACGCAGUGCAACACAUCUCCUUUGCAUAGAGUUGAUCAGGUUGCUGAUUGUGGCCUGUGGAAUGUUGGUCCACUCCUCUUCAAUGUCUGUGUGAAGUUGCUGGAUAUUGGCAGUACCUGGAACACGCUGUCGUAUACGCUGAUCCAGAGCAUCCCAAACAUGCUCAAUGGGUGACAUGUCCGGUGAGUAUAAUGGCAUUAUCAUGCUGCAAUAAUCUUGUCCUGGUAUCUCUGUGCAUUCAAAAUGCCAUCAAUAAAAUGCACCUGUGUUCGUUGUCCAUAACAUACGCCUGCCCAUGCCAUAACCCCACCGCCACCAUGGGCCACACGAUCCACAACGUUGACAUCAGCAAACCAGUCACCCACAUGACACCAUACACACCGUCUGCCAUCUGUCCUGUACAGUGAAAAGAGGGAUUCAUCCAUGAAGAGGACACCUCCCCAAAGUGCCAGAUGCCAUUGAAUGUGAGCAUUUGCCCAUUCAAGUUGGUUACGACAACGAUCUGCAGUCAGGUCGAGACCCCGAUGAGGACGACAAGCAUGCAGAUGAGCUUCCCUGAUAUGGUUUCUGACAGUUUGUGCAGAAAUUAUUUGGUUAUGUAAACCGAUUGUUGCAGCAGCUGUCCGGGUGGCUGCACUCAGACAAUCUUAAAAGGUCCUUGCCUGGUGUGGUUACACAUAGUCAGUGGUUGUGAGGCCGGUUGGAUGUACUGCCAAAUUCUCUGAAACGCCUCUGAAAAUGGCUUAUGGUAGAGAAAUGAACAUUGAAUUAACGGGCAACCGCUCUGGUGGACAUUCCUGCAGUCAGCAUGCCAAUCGCAUGCUCCCUUAAAACUUGCAACAUCUGUGGCAUUGUGCUGUGUGAUAAAACUCCAUAUUUUAGAGUGGCCUUUUAUUGUGGCCACCAUAAGGCACACCUUUGCAAUAAUCAAGCUGUCUAAUCAUCAUCUUGAUAUGCAAGACCUUUGAGGUGGAUGGAUUAUCUCGGCAAAGGAGAAGUUCUCCCUAACACACAUUUAGACAGAUUUGUAAACAAUAUUUGAGAGAAAUAGGCAUUUUGUGUACAUAGAAAAAGUUUUAGAUCUUUGAGUUCAGCUCAGGAAAAAUGGGGGCACGUGAAUUAAAUGUUCAUUUCUCUACCAUAAGCCAUCUCCAAACGUGUUUCAGAGAAUUUGGCAGUACAUCCAGCUGACCUCACAACCACAGACUAUGUGUAACCACACCAACCCAGACCUUCCACAUCCAACAUCUUCACCUCCAAGAUCAUCUGAGACCAGCCACCUGGACAGCUGCUGCAACAAUCGGUUUGCAUAACCCAAGAAUUUCUGCACAAAUUGUCAGAAAUCGUCUCAGGAAAGCUUAUCUGCAUGAGAUACCUUGACAAGAUCCUGAGGCCCAUUGUUGUGCCUUUCAUCCAUGACCAUCACCUCAUGUUGCAGCAUGAUAAUGCAUGGCCCUGUGUUGCAAGUAUCCUUAGAAAAUUCCUGGAAGCUGAAAACAUCCAAGUUUUUGCAUGGUCAGCAUACUCACCGGACAUGUCACCCAUUGAGCAUGUUUGGGAUGCUCUGGAUCGGCGUAUACGACAGUGUGUUCCAGGUCCUGCAACUUUGCAUAGACAUUGAAGAGGAGUGGACCAACAUUCCAAAGGCCACAAUCAACAACCUGAUCAACUCUAUGCGAAAGAGAUGUGUUGCACUGUGUGAGCCAAAUGGUGGUCACACAAGAUACUGACUUGCUUUCGUCCCCCACCCACCCCAUACUCUUCCAGCCCUCCCCCCCUCUGGCCCCCAAUACAGUAAAACUGCACAUAUUAGAGUGGCCUUUUAUUGUGUCCAGCCUAAGGCACACAUGUGCAAUAAUCAUGCAUCUGGAUAUGCCACACCUGUGAGGUGGAUGGAUUAUCUCGGCAAAAGAGAAUUGUUCACUAACACAGAUUUAGACAGAUUUGUGAACAAUAUUUGAGAGAAAUAGGCUUUUUGUUUACAUAGCAAAAGUCUUUGAUCUUUGAGUUCAGCUCAUGAAAAAUAGGGGCAAAAACAAAAGUGUUGCAUUUAUAAUUUUGUUCAGUGCAUGAAGAUAAAGUAUUACAAAUCCAACAAGAAAGAAAAACAUACUCCUGUAUUUACCUCCCUUGUUUGUACAAACUUUGCAGGAAGUGACUGAAAUCUCUUAAGUAAUAGGACAUAACUGUUACGCUACUUGGGUGAUGUGGAUUGGAACUCAACUGCAGCUUGUAAACACCCUAAUUACAGUUGUGAAGAAACAAAGAAUCUUUAAAGUAUCAAUACUGUAGCUUUAAGAAAAGAGAGAAUCACUGGUAACUUGAUUCAACCAAAGUUUUAAUAAGUGUUAAACUUAAAUGAAUUGCAUUUAGGCAAUAAUCCAAUAAGAAGAAGUGCAAGUAAUCAACAACACAAAGUUCAUUAUUAAGUAUUUCCUCAGAGAUGUAUUAAGUAACAUUCUUUGGUUAAUGAGAAUAAUCUUCAAUAGUAAUAUUAAGCAAGUAGCUGCAAAUAUUUGCAAAGCAAGAACAGUUCAUAGUGAAUAAGCAUGAUGGGAGUUGUCCUCCAUAUAAUUAGUAGCUUGAAGCAGUGAAGAUUUGAGUAAGCAAGCAUUAGUUCAUUAUUAAAUGAUAUUGUAGACAAAUAGCUGAAAGAUAUACUUAAGGUUAAUAUGUGUAGUCCUCCAAUAGUUCAGAGAUAUGGUCCACUUGUAAAGUAUCCGUUCUCCAGUAAUCCUUUAUGGCAUGCAGCAAUCCUUGCAUUGGCUCAAAGGCUGGAACGGCUUGUCUGCGCUUGUGGAGAGGUAAGUCUGGUGGAAGUAGCUCCCAGUAGCUGAGCCCGCGGAGGCAGCUCACACAUUAGCUCACACACAGUCACCAAGCACCCUCUCUCUGGCCCAGUCUCCCUAAAUACCGUCAGAGCUGUGUCAGAGGGGGGCGGGGGGCGGGGUCCGGCUCCUCACAGCUAAGUGCCGAACCCGGAAGUGUUACUCCAUGACAAUAACAGAUAAUGAGUGUAUAUGACAGAGUAGGCAAUCUUUUUGAAAUAAUGUGCUGAAGUUAAGUUUUGAAGUCCCUCAAUGCUCUAAUCCUAUUUUUUUCAGGUAGCAUGUAUGUGUGACAGUAGUCACCACCACUGGGGGAUAAAGACAGACCCUUUAUGUAUGUCUCCAUAUUGCUUUUACAUUUUAGUCAUCCUGUGCCCAUUAUUGGUACAGGGUGUGUAUAAUGUAUUUGUUUGUUAGUUAUUAUCCUUCCCCCUUCCUUGUUGUUUCCCAGAAGGGUGUUGUCCCAUUGUUCCAGAGACCCCUUUUGUCUGCUGAACUACGUUAUUUUACUAUGUCAUUGUUGACUUAUUGUACAAAGGUAAAACAAUAGGGAAGGUUGUUAUUAUGCAAUGCAUCUUAGGCAGUCUAUUCCAGUUAUGGAAUCUUAACCUAAUUCUGUUGUAGACACCAAGAUGCCAAGUGACUUGUAUUGUUUUGUUUGAUGACCCCCCUGUUGUGAUUACUCCUAUAUAUGUGUGUGAUGUGGUUCGAUAAAGUUAGUUGUAAUUUACCCUUCACAAAGUCUCAGCUAGUGUUUGGGUGAGAGUGCUAUACAGCUAUACUGGAUAAUGGAGCUAUAAUUACUGUAUCCUGAUUCAGGGUAGAAAAGCUCCAGAAGGACCAAAGUCAAGCUGCGGCAAAUGGGCCAAAACACGUUCCAGGUUUAUCCCUGUGGCUGCUAGGAAGCAAGGUUAGCAGAGGUAGCCAUCCAGAGUACAAUGAGCUCUAUUAUAGUAUGUAUGUUGGAUAAUUCUUCAUGUAUUAUGUAUGGGAGUGUUGGUUGCUUUGUGAGAUUUUGUAUGUGCAUAUGUAGGCUAUGCAUGGUGCUAUGUAUGUUGGUGGACUUCAUAUAUUGUGUGAGUGUGUGGGAUGCCUAUGGUGUUAUGGGAGUGUGUGUGUGUGUGUGUAAGGUUUGUGGGUUUUUGUGUUUGCUAAAUAUGGUGUUGUGUGUGAUUAUGAACUGCCUGUUGUGUUUUGUGUGUGUGCAUUUUUUUUACAGUAUUAACGCUUGUUGGGAUGUCUGUGGUGUUAUGUGAAUGUAUGUUGACGGAUUGUGAUGUUGUGUGUGAUUAUGAGCUGCCAGUUCUGUUAUGUAUGCAUUUUGUUUGUGUGUAGGGCUGUCAGUGUUAUGUGUAUUUAUAUUGACUGACUGUGGUAUUGAGUGCAUAUGGGCUACCUGUUGUAUUGUGUGUGUUGUUGUCUAUGGUGUUAAGUGGUGUAUAAGAGUUGAUUUUCCAAUUUUAGGUGUGAUGGUGAUCUUUAUGGUGUUGUAUGUAUGUGAUAUUGUGUAUAGUGGAGGCUGUAUUUGGUGUUGUUUGUGUACAUGUGAACUAUUUUAGUGUUGUGUGAGUUGAUGUGUACUACUUGUUUGUUAUGUAUGUAUGUAUUAUGUUAAAUAUGUGUGUGUGUGUGUGUGUAGGUUGCUUGUGGUACUUGUAUGUGUGGUAUGAGCUGUCUCUGGUAUUAUGUGUGGUGGAUGCUUUGAUUUUAUAUCUAUGGCUGUUUGUAGGAUUGUGUUGGUAUUGCAUGUGUGGAAGUGAUUGCGUGGAUCUAUAUUUAUGCAGAAAAUAUAGCUUUAAUUAAAAAAAAGUGUUUUAUACAGUUUAAUAAUGGUCCAGUGGUUGCAGUUUUAGGUCUACUCCUUCUAUGGGUGCAGCUUACUUAUCCCUCUAUCUCUGCUCUGGCACUUUCCGAAACAGACAAAGCAUUACUAUGGUAACCUCUGGCAAUUCUCUACCUCUCCAGGAAGUAUUGGAGUGUGAGGGAGGGUCAGGUGUGGUGUCUGCUACAUAUUGUUUCAAUGAAAUGUAGAGCACCUCACUAUGGAGGAUGCAUUUACCAUGUGGUCUUUAGUUUGUCUGCCACUCAGAAAGUGUGUGACCAUAUUUUGACCCUGUGCUAUCUGAUCCUGAUCUUAAAUGCUAAUUUGGCCUGUCUUCACCCUGCUUCCCAUCUGAUCAUUCUUUGUUGAGUUUCUGAUCCAACCUUUUGUUGACUUCACAAUGUGCCUGAUACCGUUAUUCAAGAUACUUCUUUUGCUGACUUCUAGUCCUUACUUCAUUACCUGUCAGGUUCUUGUCUGUCUAUAUAUAUAAUUGCUCACCUGGGUCAUUUGUCUUUUCAUUAUACCUACCAUCUGUUCCUGGCUUAUAGCCAGCACCUGUCUAGCAUUAGCACUAGUAGUAGAUGUGUUGGCCAUCAGUAAAGUCCCAGUGGCUUUUAUAGUUUUCUAUUUAGGUAAGAAAAACAAAAAAUUGUCAAACCUGCUGACAAUUACUGCAAUGUUUAUUUUUGGAGCAAACAGAUAUUUACUGAUUUUCCAAGGUUAUAGAAAUGUCUGACUUUAAGUAUACUUUCAGAGUAUAUAAAAGCUUAAUACGUUAAUUGUUCAACAAUAACUACACAUAUUAAUUAAAACUGUUUAUUGGGAUUAACAAUUCUAAGGUUAAGGAAUAAAUCCUUUGGUGCAUAUUCAUUUUACAGUUUAUAAAAAGUGUUAGUCUUUGAGGGAUAGGAACCCUGCACAUUGUAAUUUGUAAAAUGAAGGCAGUGAUGUCAUUGUAUUAGAUCAGUUGAUUGUUUUAAAUGAUAGUGUAAGGAUCAAUUAAUGAGCCAAUUGUAUGUUCUCUCAUAAUAACCUUAUAUUCAAGAAUUGUCAUACCCCAAUUCACUUUGCUAAACAAUCUAACAGUUUCAUGGAUGUGGUGCAGCCUGCCUGCCCACCCGCCCGGCAUCACCACUGGACCCCAGGGAAUCCCUCAGCACUCCCUCAGAUAAGGAGGCUGGAUUAAUUUUUUUUAUUUUUUUUUAAACAUGAGUGUGUGUGUGUUAGUGUGUGUGUGUGUGUUAGGUUGAGUGUGUGUGUUAGUGAGUGUGUGUGUUAGUGUUAGUGUGUGUGUGUCAGUGUGUGUGUGUUAGUGUGUGUGUUAGUGUAUGUGUGUGUGUUAGUGUUAGAGUGUGUCAGUGAGUGUGUUACUGUGUGCGUCUGUUACUAAGUGUGUUAAUUUGUGCACGUCUGUUAGUGAGUGUGUGUUUUGUAAGUGAGUGAGUGUGUGUCUGUCUGUCAGUGAGUGUGUACGUAUGUUUGUGACUGAGUGUGUCUGUCAGUAAAUGUGUGUGUCUGUUAGCUA